CGAGAUGCAACGACAGUAUACAGACAUCUUUCCGACGCUCUCUUCUGGACUCGAAACGUCUUCUGAAGAUGUCCGCAAGAACGCUGCUGCCCUUCCUGGCUUACCCCCACGCUUCUUCAUACCACGGCUGGACGACAAGCCACAGAACCCGAUCAUGGACACCUUACGUCUGUUGCGGAACAAGUCGCAAACGGAACCCUUCCCCGCUCCGCAGACAUCCAAGUUGCCUCCGGAACUAGAAUCGUUGUCGGAGGACCUCCUGAGGUUCGCGCAAGCGAGGCAAAGCAAUCUUGAAGACAUCUGGCAGUCAGCUGCAUCGCGGAAGCAUAACAAAAUGAACCAAGCGCUUUCAUGGGACGCACUCCGUCCAACCUUCAGUCCACAUGCGAAUGCCUCCCCCUUCUUGUCGGAACAGACUACUAGCACCUUCGCUUCGGCCAGGUACCAUCUACGUCCACCUAUCCAGGAUCCCGAUGUACACCUCGUAUACGUUCAGAUCCCAGACCUAUUCCAAUCACUCCUGCUAACAGUCAGCGGAACAUCAUCGCAUCUUCAUAUAUGGGAUUCCGUCCGACACAGAUUCUUCCUGAGGGGUCUGGGUGAGAAGAAGCGAGGGCAGGUCGUCAUAGUCGGAAAGGAUGACAUCGUGAGCGCAAGUCUGUUGCAGCGCUUUCUCACUAUCGGCAACCUGAUGAGGCGUCUGGAGAUAUUGACUGACGAUCGAGCACCAAGUCAUCAUCGUCCGAGUGGCCAGCCUACUCCCAUCCUCCACGCAUUCAGACAUGCACUGUCAUCUAUCUUGGCCUAUCUACGAGAGAAUGCGGACGCCAUCCCGAUCGAUUUGCAAGCGAACCUAGGAGCAGAUGCGCGACUGACGGCAUUAUGGACCAAAUAUGAGGACAUGAGCAGCAUCUUGCAAGCUCUGGCUGCCCUCUGUGGUCGAGAAGAACACGUGGAUCCAGCGGACUACAUUCCUCUGCCGACGACAUCUAGCGCACUUCUCUCCGCCAUCUACAAUCACCUCACUGACCAUAUGGAGCGCUCGUCCCCGAGACUGGUCACCGCAGUCCUAGCGUUCAUGCUCACCAACACGUCGCGAGGAUACAUGCAGGACCUCUGCGCCUCCGUCGGAUACAGCACGCCCAGCUCCACCGUGCAACCCCCCAUAACCAAAGCACGCGUAGCGUAUGACGACGGGUUGCCUUCGGCUUUCCCUAAGGAUGAGAACGACUACUAUGGCACUGGGCGACGGGAAGAAGGCGACUUUGAUUUCGACGUGGAUGGCUUUCCAGAAUCUGUUCGUCCGGAAUUGGCGGAGGUGUUCACGCGAUCGAGGAAGUCGCUCGUGCUUCUCCGCGCGGCGGAUCCCGAGCACCCGCUUCUGACGAGCAAGCACCUCCAUCCGGAGAUCGAGUGGCUGUGGACGGAGGAGCAGCUGGAGAAUAUGGAGGACGGGCUCGCGUUCAGCGCCGGUUCAGUACGGACACCAGCCCGAGCUAUCGAGAGGGAUGUAGGAUCGACCGACUCAGGCCCAACCUCAGAGGACGUCUUGCAUUCGUUCAAGGUGUUCGACCUCCUCCCUGGAGAAAGUGACCCUACACCUGGCAAUUACCCGACCACGAACCUGCUAUCCAACGCCCAUUUCACGACCUUCCUCCGCGCUUUCCUCGCCGCAUUCCCGUCGUCUCUCCCUCCUUCCACUCCGACUCUGUCGCAUCUCGCCGCCCGAGUACUCUCGCCACUCGUCUCGCAUGCGCAAGCACUCUCGGGCGCGCUCGUGGCGCGCUUCCUCAGCCCUGCGACGCACCUCCACCUCCACACGCAUCUCGUCCUGCUCCGCGGGUACAUCCUCCUCACAGAGCACGCCUUCAAGUCGCGCCUGCAGGACGCCCUCUUCAGCGAUGCCGAGGACAUCAGCGCGGCGGUCGUUGGAUCGAGGAUGCAUGCUGUCGGCGCGGUGAGGGAACGGGCGAGAGAGCGGUCGAGGACGAAGAGCGGCCAGACGAGCGGCAGUCGGAGCCGGAGCCGCGUUGCCAGCGGUGUAAUUGCGGGAGAGGAGAAGCCGAAGAAGGGGGAGAGAGUCGUCGGGCUGUCGCCUGCGCUGACGAUUGGAGACAAGUGGCCGCCUUUGGGGUCUGAUCUGAACUUCCUGCUGAGGACGGUCGUGGUGGAUGCGCUGGAGGAGGGACGUGCUUUCGCUGCCGCGGAUGGCGAGGAAGGCGUCCAUGCGGAAGACGAGAAGGUGAGGGCGCAUAGGAGGAUUGUGGAGGAGGCGGAGUGGAGGCUCGGAUUCGCCAUCCGCGAUUUGCCUAUGGGGACUGGGAGGGAGAAGUGGUUGAACCCACUCGCUGUUGAAGCUCUAGACUUCCUUUACAUGCACUAUCAGCCCCCUUUCCCUCUCGACGUCCUCAUCACGCCAGCCAUCCUAUCCAAGUAUCACCGGAUGUUCGCCUUCAAUCUCCGGCUCAUGCGCGUGGAAAACGUCGUCCGCACACUCUUCCGCCUUACCCGCCACCCCUCAGCGCCCCUCUUCGCGACGCUUUCGCCCUCGAACAAGCGCCUCCUCCACUUCCGCUUCGUCGUACACGCGUUCGUCAUGGCCCUCUCCUCGUACGUCUACGACGUCGCCAUCGGCAGCAACAUGGACUCCCUCCUCUCCCGCCUUUCCGCCGCAGGCGGCGCAGAAGCCGGCCUCGACAAGAGCGCCAGCAGUACGGACGGUGGGAGAGUGAAAACGGAGCCCGAGGCGUUCGCGGACGUGUUCAGCUUAGGAGAGUACCACUCGCGCGUGCUCGACGACGUCCUGAGCUCGUGCCUGCUUCGGUCGGGCCAAAGGGCGGUGGGCGACAUCCUCAGGCAGUGCAUGGAGCUCGUGCUCGAGCUGGGGGUCUUGGCGGGGGAGCUGAAGGACGGGCACCUGGAAGAGUACGAGGCUGCGCCGCUCCUCGAGGACCUGUGGGACCGGUUCAGGGCGAAGAUGACGACGUUUGUGAAAGUGCUGAAGGCGUUGGUCGAGAAGGAGGCGGACAGCGCGGGUCUUGUGCUGAGCGACAUCCCGCUCCACAUGAUGCAGGGCGCAAGGCGGGUGUCGAGGACGACGGCGAACUUGCAUCAGCUUUUGCUAAGACUGAACAUGUCCGAUUGGUGGACCAGGAAGGAGGGUGCGAAAGCAGCACCAUGAUGUGGGAGAUCUGUGCCACAACCAUGUUCAUGCACGUGUAUCGCUAUGCUUCGCUCCUGCCGCAAUCAAGAGCAAGUCAC